AUGACUAAGCGCGUUCAUUGGUGGGAUGAUAUUGCCGUAGAGCUUGAGCGAAGCAGCGCAAUGGAAGCGAGCAAGCUGCCUCUAUCCCCUCCUCCGGAGCCCAAGAUAUCAAACUCCAACAUGAACGAAGCCGUCGACCUUGACUCGCCGUUGCGAACCACCCCCAUCCACCCACUGCUACCUGAUAUACGGGUUCCUUCUGACCCCUUACCAAGUCACCGAUACCACCCUGUAACGUGCGCGCCAUUGGACAUUGUUGAGUUACAAGCCGAUUUGCAGCAGCUACGAAAGGAAUACACAACUUCCGUGGCCGCGCGUAAGGCGCAAGAAGAAGCAGCCAAGAAAGUGAAGAGACGGAUAGAAGAGGCGAAGGAGAAAACCGAACAUAUUCAGAAGAUCAUGCAGAGGAAGACUGAAGAGAGAGAGAUGGAGAGAAAAGUAUUUUUGAAGAUCAAGAAGGAAAAGGAGGGGAAGAUGCAGGGCGUACAACACGAUGAUGUGUCUACGACGGAUCCCUAA